AUGGUCUAUUACAGUAGACCUAAGGCUGGAGACCAGUCCAUGGUCUAUUACAGUAGACCUGAGGCUGGAGACCAGUCCAUGGUCUAUUACAGUAGACCUGAGGCUGGAGACCAGUCCAUGGCCUAUUACAGUAGACCUGAGGCUGGAGACCAGUCCAUGGUCUAUUACAGUAGACCUGAGGCUGGAGACCAGUCCAUGGUCUGUUACAGUAGACCUGAGGCUGGAGACCAGUCCAUGGUCUGUUACAGUAGACCUGAGGCUGGAGACCAGUCCAUGGUCUGUUACAGUAGACCUGAGGCUGGAGACCAGUCAAUGGUCUAUUACAGUAGACCCAAGGCUGGAGACCAGUCCAUGGUCUAUUACAGUAGACCCAAGGCUGAAGACCAGUCCAUGGCCUAUUACAGUAGACCUAAGGCUGGAGACCAGUCCAUGGCCUAUUACAGUAGACCUGAGGCUGGAGACCAGUCCAUGGCCUAUUACAGUAGACCUAAGGCUGGAGACCAGUCCAUGGCCUAUUACAGUAGACCUAAGGCUGGAGACCAGUCCAUAGUCUAUUACAGUAGACCUAAGGCUGGGGACCAGUCCAUGGUCUGUUACAGUAGACCGAAGACUGGAGACCAGUCUAUUACAAUAGACCUAAGGCUGGAGACCAGUCCAUAG